AUGUCAAUCAAUGUACGGAUCACAAAACCUUACGAACCUAUGGCUAGUCCUGAUGACCGUGAAUCUAUGACACGAGCAGCUAACUUUUUCUAUGCCAAGAUUCCUGCGACAGCUAAAACACCCAUGCAGGUAGAUCCAAGAGGUACUGGAACUAACAGGCUAAAGCGUGUGACACAGGCAGGUAUGAAGGAUUAUGCGGAAAUGUUUGGCGGCAAUCCUUACGAGAAACGAACACAUGCUAAUAGCGCACAGCGGGACGAACGUAUCAAGGCAAUCGGGCAGACUGUUGAACAAUGGCAACGCGAGGCUAUGGAGUAUCUACACCGUGGUAAAGAAGCAGGUAUUUCGAUCAACCAAGAGGCCAAGAGUUUCGCGGAACAAACUGGGCAACAAUUCAGCGAGCAUAUGAGAUCAGCACAGGAUGGUAUAUCCAGACCUCCCAUGUAG